AUGUCGUCGUCGGAGAUUGCGGUGAAGCGGCUGCGGCGGCAAUGGGAGCCGGAGGAGAAGGCGUGGAAUGACGAGGCGCUGGAGAUGCCGUGGGAGGACGUCACGCCACCGCUGCACAAGGCCACCAUCUUUGCCCUCCGCAAUGUCUUCUUCUUUUCGCACGCGACGCCCGUGCAGUCCCGCACCAUCGGCGUCCUCAGCGCCUCCGGCAGCAGCGCCGUGGUGGAGGCGCCAACUGGCAGCGGCAAGACACUCGCGGUGCUGAUUCCGCUCAUGGAGCGGACGGUGCAGGCGUGCGAG